AAUGGCAGUUGCAGUGGCCAUCUUGAUCUUAUUCCUAUUCCAUUAUGUUACUCUCCUUAUUAAUGCAUUCUUCAAAGGUCCAGAAUAAAAAGAAUAUGUCAAUAGAAGAGUAUUCCUCUUUGGAAUUGCAGGUUUGUUAAUCAUAUAUCAAUCUUUUUUUAGGUUUACUAAGUAUGUCAACUAUUUAAAGCAGUGUAUUUUCAGCUAUACUUGCUUGGCUAACCUUUGUCCCCUUGGCUGUAUUGCAUUUGUGUAUUUAUGACAAAUUUCAAAAUUUAAACAAUCAUAAAGAUAGUCUCUGGCUGGUAUAUUAUGGAUUGUAAUUUGUUUGGUUCUUAGGAAUUAUUAUAGACUUUUAUUCAUGAU